AUGGCUCGCCAAAUCGUCGUUCUGGCACUCGUCCUUUUCGCAGUCAUUGGGUACGCUUCGGCUGCUGACGAGGCACCCAAACAGUCUCCCAGCGGUGCCGAUGGCGGCGCUGCAUUGGCGCCGGUGUCUGGAAAUGAUGACAGCAUUGGGAACACCGAUGAUGAUGCAAGUGCGCCUUCUGGAAAUGGUGGUGAUGAUGAGGUUGUUGCUGGGCCUGUUGGGAGCGAGACUGGGCUUGGCCCAUCUGGUGAGACAUCGAAGACUGGUGAUGCCACCGGACUUAAGGUCUCCGCCGUUGCUGGACUAGCUACUAAUUUAACUGUUGAGAGAAAAUCUGCAAUCUUUGCAGAUUGCGAGUAUGAUUUCUAUCUUGAACUCAUUAAGGAAAUCAUGCAUAUCAGUAAGACUAUUAAAGGAACCACAAUGGUUGCAUUUUAA